CCGAGAAUAGGAACCACUUCCCGUACACUGAGGUGAACAUAUUCCUGCCGACCACAACCUUUGGCGAUGAUGAGAACAUCUUAUUCACCGACGACGAAUACCGACAGUCCAUAUAUUUCGCGAUGUUGAAUGCGCUGUAUUUGACCUUAGGGCUCAUGGCACUGUAUCCGUACUUGAAAAAGUAUGAUUGA